UAAAGUUACCGGUUUACACUACGAACAAUAUAGGCUGUCCACUGUUUUCCACAAGCCUCUUGUUUCCUUUUUCUGAUACUCUCUUUCAAUAAGAAUCUUGAAGCUAAAAAACUUCUCUUUUGAAUAUUUACUUUAUCACGAUCUUAGAGUUCAGAGAUCGGCUUGAUUGGACUCAUAAUUCUAUUUAUGCCUUUUAUCGCUCAAUAUGCCCAUAAUAAUUGUCAUAAACGAUUUUCCCGAAGUGGAAGAUGAAUCCGAAUACGAACAAUUAUGUGCUGGAGUACGCUUGGGAAUAGAACAAAUACUAACAUUUGCAACAAAGAAAUCCAACAAAUUGGAGUAUAUUGCAGUGAUCACAGGAAAAGAUUCUAACGCACAUGUUUUGUCGCACCUAACUCGAGAUUAUGGUUCUAUUAGAGAAAAUUUGGAUAGGCUUACCUUACCGGAAAAAAUAGAUUGGAGAGAAAUUAUAUCAUGUAUAAAUGAAUUAAUUUUUGAGGAAUGGAUGAUGGAUGGAAAAACUUUUGUUUUCUGUUUAGUUGGAGAACGUCCAACCAAAUUAAGUAAAUCUAGGAAACGUCCCGCUACCCCAGAGGCAGAUUUCUACUUUAAAUUUGAGUUUGAGUCUCAUAUCCAAAUAAUGAUUAUGGCUGAGGAUGGUAAUAUGACAAAACGCUAUUAUGAGAAAGUCUUAGCGGGAAAUAACCAGAAAGGAUCAAUUGAGUGUGUCAAUUGGCAAAAUAACGAUACUAUUUCUAAGAAAUUUACCAGUUCUAUAAGUCUUUUAUCACCACCGCAUAUUGUUACUUUGCUUUGUGGGAAAAUUUCUUGUCAAGUUCAAUUAUAUCCCCCUGUUAAACCUUUCUUUGGUAUUGUCAAACAUGAGCAAGUAAACAAAAGAAUCGGAUCUAAAUUAAAGAUAUAUGGAUUUAUCAGCUUGAACGAUUUAGCUAGUCCACCUUUCUUUUCAAAACAUUUUUUAAUUCCGACUGGAAGUAGAACCGAAGAUGCACCAAAAAAAGAAGAUGACCGUGGAAACGUGCCAAAUGUUACUGUCUUGUUGCACGGUUCAUUAAAAGUUAGGCAAAUGGCCGCGGUUGUUCAACUAGCACCAAAUUGGUUUGGAUUGAUUUGCUCGUGUUCAGAUUCAAAGAAAAAAUCUAACUUAAUAUUAUAUGUAUUGGAAGCAGGAAGUGAACCAGUUACUUGGCUAGGAGAUUUUACUUCAAUGAUGAUAUCUAAUGAAUUGUCUGAUAAUAAUCCAUUUUUAAGCGAAAAGAAAUCGCCUUUUCCAAUAAAGACUGAUGAGCGUCCAAGUUACAAUCAGCCAACUAUUUCUUGGAUAAAAUCUUCGGGAGUUCAAGCAGAUAUUCAAAAAGUUGUCAGAUUUGCUAAAAAACUACCAGAGAAGGAAAAUUUGUUCUAUAAAGAAGUCAAUAGGGUCAAGAAGGCAGCAUUGAGCUAUGGUUUUACAUCUUUGAUUCUUGGACUAUCGGAUAUACUCGAAAGAGAAAUGACAUCCAACGAUAGUUUAUCAAGCAGUGCAAAAGACCAUUUAAGCCGUACGGUUGCAGCCUUAAGAUCACCAGCUGCUUGUAAUGUCGAUUUUAUUAUAAGUUCUAAAUAA